AUGUCCGUCAUCAUCUCCUAUCAGGGAACCCACUUGGAUCUUCCUUACGCACCAGCAGAAGAGUCCCAUGAUGAUCAUGAUGAUGAUGGUGAUGAUGAUGGGUCACCCAGCCGUAACACCACAGGGCUAGAUGCUCUUUCCAAGACAACAAUCUCCCUUUCCCGGUCCGACUCGCCUCUACCUUCGUUUGAACAAGUGAUGCACGAACAGAGAUCACUCAUGGUGGAUUUUACACCCAUUGUCACAGUGAAGUACACGAAGAGCAUGCGGGUCAAAAAGAUGACCGCAGCUCUUGUUCGUCACAUGAUCGUGUCGGAGACUAGGACUCAAACAAACGAGACUCUGGUCCAAUGGGAUCUCUUUUCGGGUCGAUGCAAGCCUGUGAAAGGGCCCAUUUCUGAAAUCGCCAGUCCUGUAUCUAUCCAGACUUCCACCCACAAGUACCCACUUCACUGCACUCUUCCAGCUGGGCUUCAUGAAACUGCUUCCCACAACUCCAGCAAGCUGUGGUACACUCUGGAGACCCAGGUGAGCUGCCAAAAGCGGUUACAUUCAAACUGCGGCCUCUUUGACUAUUGCCAGGAGAUUGUCAUAGCUCGAGACAGACAGAUGAACGACCAGGCUCUUCUCCCCGUCAAUGUGUCGACUCCUUGGCUCAAAAAGCUCAGAUUUGUUGUUUCUUACCCCCAGAAAGUCAUUGUUUUGAAUGAAGAUACCGAGAUCCCCGUCAAGAUCACCACUACACUGUUUGAGAAGCCCAUUCGGCUCAACACCGUCAACAUCUCCGUGACCCAAACCUGCAAUUCAAACGCCAACGAUGCGCAGAAAACUAGACUCCUCACCGUGAAUUCCAACCGAUACGCGGAUUCAGACGAGCUGGAGCACGACGAAAUAGAACUCCAGCAAGCCAGGGAAGAAGGCUUCGACGUGAAGAAAAACUUUUUCGAUUCCAUCCAUAGAGGCAAUCUUCUCAUCCCCGGAGCCGAGGAGACAGAGCUGGAUUAUACGCUGAAGUUGAAUGUCCGGAUCAUCGACAAAUUAUCCGCAUCAACCUCUCGCACUCACCCUCUUCACAUAGUGCACAAGAUACACGUGUCGCUGCGCUUCUCACAACUGGAUAUGACUGACCAGCCCAAUCAGAAGACCCGAAGGUACGUGGACCUGUCUCUGUCUGCCCCUUUGGUGUUCUCCAGAACGCGGAGAUCGCAGCCAGUGGACGCUUGUUUGAACCUCGUGCCGUUCGAGUAUGAAGACUUUUUGCUGUGCGAGUACCCCCGGUUAAAGAAUACAAACAUGGUCUUCAAAAACGACUACGCAAACGACUCUGCUCCUCUCUACGAGUCUCUCCCACCCCCAGUUUACGAGGCGAUCGACUCAAAAUGGGAAUUCAAGGCGGAUACCAGAGGAAAGACUGGAUGUAUGACUCCAGGUGGAUGUGUGGACCAAAGUGGAAUGCGAAACACGACAGGUUGGUGGUUUCGACGAACCAUGUAUUAG